AUGAGAAGUGAUAAAAUAAUGUACUUAUCACGAGAGCUUGAAUCGUUUUCUACUUACCCAUUGGAAGUUUUACCGAAUGUUUUAUAUAUUGGUACAGUUCAACAUGCUGGUGAUCGUAAACUUCAUAGACAAAUGAAUAUUGUAGCACAUAUAAAUUGUGCAUUAGAUAAUGACGAUCCUAUAUACCAGAAUUGUAAAGACUCUAUGUUGAAUAUUCAACCAACUGAAAAUUGUAAACUGUUAUCAUUUUUGGACAACACUUGUGAUUUUAUUCAAGAUAAACGAUUAAGAGGACAACGUGUUUUAAUUAUUUCAAAAUGGAUGUUUAAUCAGUCUGUAGUGAUUGCAAUUGCUUAUCUUAUUAAAUAUGAAUUAAUGAGUUUAAAAGAUGCAUGGAUGUAUUUGCGAAAGAUCUGUAUACCGAUGCAACCAAGUUGGAAUUUUAUGAUACAAUUAGCUGAAUUUGAAUAUAACUUACAGCGUACUGAUAAAUUGAUUCCAUUAACAGAAGAUGAUUACUAUGAAAGAUGA